GAUUGUAAGUACUCGAGGCGAAGAAAGCUCACUGCCCCCUCUUUUUGAAUAUCUUUGUUCCGGGAGAGUUUGUGGAUUGGGAGUGUCUGCUGGGCCUUAUUUUCCGUGCGGAAAAAUCAUUCCGUAGGAACCGCCAUUUGCUUUCCUGCUUGCCUGCUCUCUCUGCGUUGUCCGGUAGCGGCACCUACAGGUUGGAACUUGACAUUGCAUCUAAUUGAUUUAAAUGAAAGUAACUGAAUAAGCGAAUGUGUCAGUAACGACUGGUAUUCAGUCACAGCAUAUUUAGAGAAAAGACCUGGGGUUUAAUUCAGAAUUAAAAUAAAACACGCUUAGCUGCGGUUCUGCUAAGAACUCUUUGUAAUUAAGGAUUUCAGUUCAUUACAAAGUGGCCUUUCUAACUGUUGCGAUAAUUGGAAUUUUAUAGUGAAGCAAGUUCUUUUCAGAGGAGAAGUGAGUCACAGAGAAAUAAAGAUGAGUAAGAGCAAAGAUGACGCUCCUCAUGAGCUGGAGAGCCAGUUUAUCUUACGCCUACCUCCGGAAUAUGCGUCGACUGUGAGGCGGGCAGUACAGUCUGGCCAUGUCAACCUGAAAGACAGACUGACAAUUGAGUUACACCCUGAUGGUCGUCAUGGAAUUGUCAGAGUGGACCGGGUUCCAUUGGCCUCAAAGUUGGUAGAUCUGCCCUGCGUUAUGGAAAGCUUGAAAACUAUUGAUAAAAAAACUUUUUACAAGACAGCUGAUAUCUGUCAGAUGCUUGUAGCCACAGUUGAUGGUGAUCUCUAUCCUCCUGUGGAAGAGCCAGUUGCUACUGCUGAUCCCAAAGCAAGCAAGAAAAAGGAUAAGGACAAAGAGAAAAAGUUUGUCUGGAACCACGGAAUUACUCUGCCUCUGAAAAAUGUCCGAAAGAGAAGGUUCAGGAAGACAGCGAAGAAGAAGUAUAUUGAAUCUCCAGAUGUGGAAAAGGAAGUGAAGCGGUUGCUGAGUACAGAUGCAGAAGCUGUCAGUACUCGUUGGGAAAUAAUUGCUGAAGAUGAAACAAAAGAGACAGAAAAUCAGGGCCUUGAUAUCGCCUCUCCAGGAAUGUCUGGGCACAGGCAGGGUCAUGACUCAUUGGAACAUGAUGAACUUCGAGAGAUAUUCAAUGACCUCAGCAGCAGCAGUGAAGAUGAAGAUGAGACACAGCAUCAAGAUGAAGAAGAUAUAAACAUCAUUGACACCGAGGAAGAUCUGGAGAGACAGCUACAGGACAAGCUAAAUGAAUCAGAUGAACAGCACCAAGAAAAUGAAGGAACCAAUCAGCUGGUUAUGGGAAUUCAGAAACAAAUUGAUAACAUGAAAGGCAAGCUGCAGGAGACCCAGGACAGGGCAAAACGACAGGAGGAUCUCAUCAUGAAAGUGGAGAACCUGGCUCUGAAGAACAGAUUUCAGGCAGUGCUGGAUGAACUCAAACAAAAGGAAGACCGAGAAAAGGAACAGCUCAGCUCUUUGCAAGCGGAGCUAGAAUCACUCUUAGAGAAGUAAGAAGAGCUUUGAUACUUACUUUGUCUUUAGACAGGCCAUUAAAAGAAAAACCUUGGACUGGAUAUUAUGAUCUUGCAAUAGUCCCCAUUCCCUCCACUACCUUCUAUUGAAUCUAUCCCAUUUUAAAUCAUUUGGCUAGGUGUUUAUCUUGUAGGAAAUAGGAUUGUAUAAGCAUAAAAAUGUAGGAAAGUUGUAGGAUUAGUGGAGUGAACGAUUUCAACCUUAAUAAUUACAGCUUCACUGCAGGUCUUUGCUGUUGUUUCUCUGUUUGCCAGAAGCUGUUAUUGCUGCUUUAUGGUGCCUUCUGAGAUCAAUAAGAGCCUAGCCUAGAGGCAGUGAAGCUAGUUUGCAAAUUUUUCCCUGUGCAAUAGUUAUUUUCCCCCUGUUCAAAGCAAUCAUUUCCAUCUGUAGAGAUGCAAAUUAUUUUAUGAAGUUGUUUCUUACACAAUAAAAGCAGCUAAUUUUCACUGCAUAAUGUGUCUUGUUCUUUUAUCGGUAGUGGGAGUCAGAUCCUCUCGUGGGGUGUUUUCUUGGUGGGGUUUAAUGGCUGAGUAGUUUGAUCCCUUUUUGCAGCUAAAGCAGCAGCUAUGUUGUGUUUUAGGUAAAAGAACACAGUAGGGGCAAAGAAACUGGGAAAUGUCAUAUUUGCAUUGAAUUAAAGUUCCAAUUCUAUUUCAUUUGGAGAUCAGGGAACUCUAGGUACAGAACCUUCCUAAACUACAUUUUUGUAGGUUAAGGUUUAUUUGUACCUUUUUUAAAGUACUAAACUCAUUUGCUUAAAAUGUUUGAAAGUAAUGACAAGUGCAGAUCAGUAAAGCUACUGGUUUGAAUUAAAAUUAUAUUUCUAAAUAUUUUCCAUUUAAUUCCUGUAGUCAUUUAGUCUGAGAACUGAGGUGAUUUAUCCAUGUCAGUUCAUCAAAAUUACUAAUAAGGGAAGUCAGUAUCAUAGUCUGAUAUUUCAAAAUUUCUUAAACAUAGUUUUCAUGGUGUUUUAAACUUUCCAUGUUCUAAAGAUGAUCUAAUGCCUCACAUGAGCUAGUUUUGAAAAAUCAGUCAUUGAUAAAAUUUACCAAAUGCAGAGUUGCAUGCAAUUAAUUUCUGAUAGAUUGGUUUAUAAAAAAAGCUUUGGUUUGAAAAUACCAGCCUCAUGAAGCAAACAUUUAAAGCCCACUUUAAUUUUGUAUUGAAGAGGAAACAGUAGUGGUGAAUUUUUUUUUUUUUUUAAAAACAGUUCCUCAGACCUUAAGUCUACAAUCAUAAAUACUGAUAUUUGGAGACUUCACUUUUUUCUUACCAAAAUAUUUUCACAAUUCUCAGAUUUCAGUACAGACUCUGGAGGUUUAAACAAAGAUUCCCUUAAUGUCUAGGCUUUGGACUAUUUCUCGAAGUUUGCAAAUAAGAGGUAAGUUUUCUUAACACAUUAGGGUGGUAGGCAACAAAUUCCGUUCUAGUACAUCUAGGCAUUUUGCUACGUUUAUAAGAUUGACACCUGUAAAAUGGUGGUAGUACCAUCAGAACCUGUCUUUAUGGGGAAUGAUGACCAAGAUCAGCCCAAAGUCGAUUCCUGUGAGGUAGAAGUCAGACAUACCUCCAUUUUCCAACGUUUUUACCAAUUCUGAUACUAGCCAUCCCUGCCUUGGCACUCUACAUCUCUGCUGGGUUUGAUAAUCUGUUGCAAUGGCCACGCAGAACUCACAGACAUAGUUAAAGCUAAACAGUUUAUUAAGGACAACUUGGCAUCAGGAUUAACAGGCUACAAGUCGGGAUCAGAAUCAGGAAGCAUGUAGGCAAAGCUUGGAAGGCGCCCCCAAAGUGAACAGCACGUCUGUCCCAUCUUCAGUGCAGGGUAGCUCUCUCAGCAACUAUCGGCCAUGCAAGCAAGCAGACCCUUCUCUCUGCCAUGCAUGCCCCAUGUCAGCCAUGCAGACCUCCUCUUGACACCCUGAGGACAGGCUUCUUGGCCCUGUCAGGACAGGCCUCUUGGCCUUCAGCCUCCCUGCUGUCACCACUGACUCUGCCACAGGGCCCCUUCUGGGCCAGUCACUGCUGGCUCUGCCACAGGGCCCCUUCCAGACCUGUCACUGCUGGCUCUGCCACAGGGCCCCUUCCUGGCCUCUCGCUAUCUUUAGUGUUGCAGCCCUUGACCCAUGUUACAGCUCUUUUAGGAGGUUCCUUGUUUCCUGUUUCUCUGCUGCUUCUCUAUCCUUUCUUCUGCUGCUGUCUGCCCACCUCUGUGGGAUUGUUAUAUAUAAGCAAACUCAUUAAUUUCAAGGCAUGGCCCUCCCACCAGGGCCACAAACUGACCAGUCUCCUCUCGUUAGGCCACAGACACAUCAUUUGCAGAGUAGGCCAUAGUCACUUCAUUUGCAUAAGUAUACUGACCAGUCCUUAGGCUGCAGUCCAGGGCUAGAUAAAAAGUAUCAAACAAUAAGUUGUUUAUAGCUUACUCAGUAAAUAUUAACCUGGACAAAAGUAAGAAACUCCGUGGGGUAGAAAACUAGGGCAAAAGUAACUCCUCAGGACUUGGGGGAAAAAUCCCUCAAGCAGUUUUUCCAAAGAACCAAGGCAUAAGGCCACAUAAAGGAACUAAUUUCACAGCACCUGAAAAGUCACCACCGUAUUUGGCUUUACAUAAAUCAUUUAUCAAAAUAAUUCUUACCAAGAUCUCAACACCAUUAAUGCCUCAGUUCCAUCUGUGGCAGAAAGGACAGGUGUUCGAUACACUAACAAAAUGGCCUAGUAAUCUCAUCUACUGUGUUUCAAUUAUUAACUCUAUGCUGAUGAGUCUCAAAUCCAUAAUUCUAAGCCUGAUUUCUUUCCUGAGCUUCAGAUUUAGUAUAUUCUAUUAAUAUUGAGUGUACUGGAAACACUCACUUAGAAAUACCCCUCAGGCAACUCAACUCUGAAUGUCUGAAAUCAAACUUACUAGCUCUUCCAUUCCUUGAAAACCUGCUUUUCCUCCUAUUUUAUUACUGACGGAAAAAAAUGACACUACCACUCACCCCAGUUACUGCAGCUAGAAACUUAACCCAUACUUUUGACUUCUGCAUUUCCCUCACUACUUUGAUCCUACUGAUCCUAUAUCCUAAAUAGCUCUUCAAUCACUCUGCUUUAUCCCCACUACACUGCCCUAGUUAAGCUGUUACUAUCUCUUGCCUAGCAAAUGACAAUAGUUUCCUAACUUCUCUGUGUGUUUGUCUACAUAAAAAAUAUAUUACAUACUAUACACACACAUACACAUAUAUAUAGAUAUACAUAUAUGUACGUAUGUAAUUUUUUUCACCAUCCAAUUUGUUUUUUGACUGCCACCAAAGUGAUCUUUCGAAAUGAUUUGAUCAUGUCAUUUCUCAUGCUUAAAACCCUUCAGUGGUACAUCAUUGCUCUCAGGAUUAAGCUUCUGUUUCUUAAAAAA